GUAUUAAUGAAAGGAUUUGUCUUCUGUUAUCUUAUUUCUGUAGUCUAUUGUUGGUGGGAAGUUGGUCAUAUGAUGACAGCCCAAAUCGCAAAGAAUUUUCUCAAGGAUAAUAGACCAGAUGUCUUGGCUUGGGCAGAUUCGCUAGUUUAAGACUUCAAUUCCCUUACAGAUGGUAGAUCUAACACAUUUGCUGAAGCAGCAGUUUGGUUAGAUGAUAUAAAAGAAACAGGAACCGGAUUUCUUAAUGAUUGGCAUUACACUGAUAGACCAAUCAAUCCAGAUGGGUAAAAUUAUAGACUAUUUCUUAGAUUAUUGAUAAAGAUUGAUGAUUAAGGUAGAAAUAUAAACUCAAUCUAUGCUAUUAAUCAGGCAGUGUCAGUUUUAACUAAUCCCAAGACUUCAAAAAAUCGUCAUACAGUUUUUAAAGCAUAGAUGAUGAGAGUUUUAUUACAUGUGAUUGGUGAUAUACAUCAACCUUUACAUGAUACUACUUUUUGGAAUAGUAGCUACCCUAAUGGAGAUGCAGGUGGAAACUUUAUGAAGAUCUAAGUAUUUAAAUUAUAUAUAUUAAGUUAUCAAAUGGAACACUCAUGAACUUUCAUUCUUUUUGGGAUUCUGGAGCUGUCUCCUUUGCCCCUAAUAAUAGUUUCAUGGCUAGACCACUAAGUUAAACUGAUAGUGAGUAUUUAGACAAAUGGUCUAAAGAAUUAAUGACUAAAUUCCCAAAAUCAAAAUACAGCAAUUAUGACAUGACGUAUUAAGAAAUUUGUUAUCUAGUAAUCCUUCUGUUUGGACUUACCUUGGUUUUAGAUAAGCAUAAUAAUUUGUUUAUCCCAUGGUAGCGACAUCAAAUUCCUACAAUAAGGAUUAUGAAAAAUAAGCCAUUGAAUUUUGUGAAGAAAACUUAUCUAUUGGAGGGUAUCGAUUAGGAGCAAAAUUGAUAGAAAUCUAUGAUUAAAUUAUACAAAAUGAGGCUAAACUAUCAAUAAGUGAAUGAA